AUGGCGCAUCUAAACCACCCUGCUGCGCUUCACCGUCACACGCUCUCGACGUCUCCCGUGCGCAACCCUACGAAUGUCGCUGAGAGACAGGAUAUCCCCCUACACCUUUUAGCCCUUAUAAUAUCAUUUAUUGACGAUGUCGCUGAUAUUGCACGCCUUACGCGGACGUCGCGUCUGCUGUAUUACAUGACCCUACCCAGACUCUACGAACGUGUCACGCUCCGAUCCUAUACCGAGAUGCGAUACGUCAAUGGCAAGCCAGAGGGCUAUGGGAGCGGGAGUCCCUUUUCCAUGGGUCUCAACGCCCUCGUCUCCCGCAACUUUACGAAUUACGUCCAAAACUUCAGGGUGCUAGGAGAGUGGAAGGAGUCCGACAUUGAAGACUUCUCGAAAGGGCGGGUGCCGGAUAACAGCAUGAUGCUGAAUAUUGCCUUGCGGGCUGCCAUUGAUAAGAUGCAAAAUAUACAGUCAUUCGGGUGGGAACUAAAUACGAAGCCUAUGCAAACCGUCUACCAGAGUCUGAACUCGCGCUCGACUCUCACCUCCUUCACAUUACGCUCGCCCAGCAGGCGCAUACCUCGACCUACAGUGCUGAUACCCCCGAUACCGAACCUUAAGAUCCUAAAAGUCUACGACAUCGACCCCUUAUGCUAUCCAGACGACAUUUCUAUGCUCCUCGUCUCUUCGAAAAAGCUCCAAGACCUAACACUACACUGGAGUCCUCGAAUGCGCGACAUGGGCGAGGAAUCCGUCAAUAUGCUGACGUACUUCGGCCGCUGCAUGACCAACAAACACACAAUGAAACUCAAGCGGUUAUCCCUCUACAACAUGUACACGCGCAAUGGUGGCGAUUUCGACGAUUGUAUCAGCCACGAAAGCCUAGAGGAAGUCACGUUUCUCAACUGCAUGGGCUCCGGCGACCCUAUGACAGUGUUCCUCGACGACACCUGGCGCAUAAACCGACCAGACAAGGUCCCGGUCAACCUCAAGACGAUGCGGGGAGACUUGGUAGACGAAGCGCAUACAUUAUUCAUGGCCCGCUUCGAGGGGCUGGAACGAAUCUACCACGUCAGCCAAAAACGCAGCGCGCGCUCUAAAUCUAACAGCGUGGCCACCACCCCAGCAACACCAUCGCCGUCUUCUGCGUCUCCAGCGAGCACCCCGCUCAACCACGACACGGUCCACCUGGCCUCAGACUACCUAGCAGCCAUCCAGACGCACCACGGCAGGACGAUACGCCACCUCCUCCUCUCAGACCGCUGGGCGCUGAGCGCCGACGUCAUCUCGCAGCUGGCGCGCAGCUGCCCGAACCUCGAGCAACUCGGCAUCGCCAUCCGCGAGCCCUCGCCGGAAGCCAUGCGCCUCGUCGUCUCCUACGCGCCCAAGCUCUUCGCACUGCGCAUGCUCGUCCGGCCCGGCUCCGAGCUCGCGGACAAGCUCGACUCCAUGGAUCCCGAGAUGCACCAGCUGGCCAUGGGGACCGAGAUGUGGCGGCCCGAGUACGCCAACCUGCGGUACGUCGGGUUCGGGGAUCUGGUGUUCGAGCUCGGCGCAACGAUCAGCAUGGGCAAGAAGCGGGCGAAGCCGGAUGGCGAUGUCAGGUUUAUGCGCGUCGUGAAGCUGGUGUCGCGGGAUGUGGUGAGGCAUAUUGAGAUUUGGGAGCGGGAUUCUUUUGAAAUGUUAGCUUAG